AUUCGCCAUAAACUCAUUCUCUAUCGCUGAAUGUAAAAAGGAAGGAAAGCAAGAGCAAAAAACCCUUUGGAACCUUCCCUAAAAAAACUAACAAGCGCCAAGAUCUGCCCCUCAGCUAUAGGAUCGCCAAUGAGAAGGGCCUCCUCGUUCACCUCCUCCGUCCUUUCUAGGACAUUAUCCACCGUUCACGACGGAGGAGCAGUCAACAUCCACCCUCGCCUCCUCCAGGUGGCUCUCUUCUGCAGCAGCAGAAUUAACAAUUCCAACUCUUGCCACCGUUGGUUCUCUCCCCUCCUCGAGUCCUUUUCGAAAAGCUCGGAUCAAGUUGUUUUUCUCGGCCUUGCUGGCGUUGCCGCCUCUGUGGCCACUGCUGCUUCGGUCUAUGCCAAGGAGCCGCCACCAGAAGAAAUCAUGCCAAAGGAGGUUGUUCUUUAUCAGUAUGAGGCGUGCCCAUUUUGCAAUAAAGUUAAAGCAUUCUUGGACUACUAUAAUUUACCGUACAAGGUGGUGGAAGUCAAUCCCAUUAGUAAGAAAGAGAUCAAGUGGUCUGAUUACAAGAAGGUGCCUAUACUGAUGGUUGAUGGUCAACAGCUGGUGGAUUCAUCAGCUAUAAUUAACCAAUUGGGUGAAAAGAUCCUUCCUGAGAAAACAAAGACUUCAGUUUCUGAUGAAGACGAAGAAACAAAAUGGCGUAGGUGGGUUGACAGCCACUUGGUGCAUGUCUUAUCCCCAAACAUAUACCGCAACACUUCUGAGGCUCUUGAGUCUUUCGACUACAUCACUAGCAAUGGUAACUUCAGUUUCACUGAGAAGAUAACAGUGAAAUACGCUGGAGCUGCAGCCAUGUAUUUUGUGUCCAAGAAUCUAAAGAAGAAAUAUAACAUAACUGAUGAGCGUGCUGCCUUGUAUGAAGCAGCAGAAACAUGGGUGGACGCUCUAAAUGGUCGAAAUUUUCUCGGCGGAUCCAGACCUAAUCUAGCUGACCUUGCCGUCUUCGGUGUGCUAAGACCUAUACGAUACCUAAGAUCCGGUAGAGAUAUGGUGAAACACACUCGAAUUGGAGAGUGGUACUCUAGAAUGGAGAAAGUAGUCGGAGAGUCAUCAAGGAUCAAGGCUUAAGCCAUAUGGUCUACGCAAGGUUGGUUCAAUUGCCAACGCAUGCAUAUCUUCAAAAGAAAACAAAAAUAGUUUUGUAAUAACAAUUUUUGUUCAUUAAACAAAUUUUGCCAUACCACAACUUUAUGGACAAUUCUGCUAUU